AUGGAGCUGUCAUACUUCGCACUCGAGGUCUGGAUCAAAUAUGGGAUUGCGGUUCCGACCAUGCUCGCACGUUUUGCGUUGCGACUGCACACACCAGGCUGGCGCGGUUUGGACGGCACGGACAUCUGGUGUGCUCUCUCAACGAUACUCUAUACUAUCGUGACGACAUGCGACUACUUAAUGAGCACACGUGCGUUCCCCCUACGCUCAAGAGGAGCUAUCGCUGACGAUCAGAAAGCCGACUUCCCCACAAUCAUCCCCCUGAACGCGGAGACAGCUCUUGAGGUGCCCAAGAGCGAGUACGCUGCCUUGAAAAGGGGGUCCACGCUCGCUCACUUCUCGUGGACAAUGUACCUGUGUAUGAUCUUUGCGUUUAAGGGGGUGAUGCUAUCGUUACUUCGACGCGUCACGAAAGACGUCGACAGCCAGCAGAGGAUUGUGUUCUGGAUAAUCGUUGGCACGGUUAUUGCUUGCAUUACUUCGGUGCUGGUCCAUCUGCUCGCGUGCGUGCCUGUCCACAGAGUGUGGCAGGUCGCCCCCUUUCCGGGACCGGGCUGCACCACGCGGCCUCUCAAUUACUAUAUCGGAGGCACUCUCAAUAUGCUGACCGACGCUGCUAUUAUUGCUGUCCCGAUGCCAAUGCUGUGGAAUCCCCGUAUCACGCUUCGAAGAAAACUUGCGCUCGGAUGCCUCUUCAGCUCUGGUCUUUUGGUCAUUGUGUGCACCAUUUUGCGAACGUACUACGUCUUUGGCGACGCGGCGAACCAGCACUUGGCACAGCUCUGGGCCAGCCGUGAAGGGUUCAUCUCCAUGAUCGUCGUCUCAGCGCCUGGACUCUGGCCCUUUGUCCACAAGGUCGGUAUCUUUGGCUCCACAUACAAGAAUACGCACGAUGGUUCGGGAAGCGCAAGAGUGGGAGGGUCAUCAAAUCCCUGGGGGCAGCCUCGCGCUCGCCGUGGGCACCGCAACAGUGGUUUUGCCGAGUAUGAUGAUGAUGAUGACGUUUAUGCAAUGGCUUCCCAAUCGAAUGAUAAUGGCUCAGGGUUGCAAGGGAAUGGAAGCGAGGAACACAUUGUUGAUGCGUCUGAUGGGACUGUAAAGGUCAAGGCCGGGGCUCGCAAGCUGCCAAUAUCGGUGACGAGGGAGUACCGGGUCGAAAUAGACGAGAGGCCGCCAGAUGAAGGGACUGUAAGGGAAAGAAUCUGUCCACAGAGUAUUGUUCAUAGUUAAUGCACUCGGGGCUGGAUGCUUCUCUCGUCUGCCAGAAGGUAAAACCUGAUCAUUAGUGCAAUCACCUGGCCCCCAACACAUGCAGCCUCAAUUCUUCCCCGAACUCCUUCAGGUGAAGGGACUUUUUGAUAAGGGACGGCAAGCCUGUGACCUGACAGUGGCGUCAGAAGAAGUGGAAAUAUGAGAACAUGAGCAUUCAAUGUUCAAGUUGGCAACACAGAAAGCGGCAUUGGGAAAG